CGGGGCAGCAGAAGCCUGGCCCCCUCCCCGUGACCGGGAUCUUCCUCCGCGGCAGGCGGAAGGGCUCCUGCCGUCGUCUGCGCUUCCGGUGAGGGCUGAGGAGGUGCUGCGGCAGUCGGCUCUGCUAUGGGGAAGAAGCACAAGAAACACAAAGCAGAGAAAACGGAAUGGCGCUCGGCCUCCGCCGUCGCGUACAGUGAUUAUGUGGAUAAGCCUUUGGAAAAACCUUUAAAGCUGGUGCUUAAAGUUGGAGGAAGUGAAGUGACUGAACUUUCUGGGUCAGGGCAUGAUUCUAGUUACUAUGAUGACAGAUCAGAUCAUGAGCGAGAACGACAUAAAGAAAAAAAGAAAAAAAAGAAAAAAAAGUCUGAAAAGGAAAAACGUCUAGAUGAUGAGGAAAGAAAAAAGAGAAAGGAAGAGAAAAAGCGGAAAAGGGAAAAAGAACAGUGUGACACUGAAGGAGAAGCCGAUGACUUUGAUCCUGGGAAAAAAGUAGAGGUUGAACCACCUCCAGACCGUCCUGUCAGAGCAUGCAGAACUCAACCAGCUGAAAAUGAGAGCACACCGAUCCAGCAAUUACUAGAACAUUUCCUUCGCCAGCUUCAAAGGAAAGAUCCUCAUGGGUUUUUUGCUUUUCCAGUCACGGAUGCCAUUGCUCCUGGAUAUUCCAUGAUAAUAAAGCACCCCAUGGAUUUUGGUACAAUGAAGGAAAAAAUUGCAGCGAACGAAUACAAAUCAGUCACUGAAUUCAAGGCAGAUUUUAAACUGAUGUGUGAUAAUGCAAUGACUUACAACAGGCCAGAUACUGUUUACUACAAGCUAGCCAAGAAGAUACUGCACACAGGCUUUAAGAUGAUGAGCAAAGAACGGCUGUUAGCUUUGAAGCGCAGCAUGUCGUUUAUGCAGGACAUGGAUUUUUCUCAGCAGGCAGCUCUUUUGGGUGAUGAAGACACAGCAGUUGAGGAACCUGUCCCUGAAGCUGUUCCUGUACAAGCAGAAACUACCAAGAAAUCAAAAAAGCAAAAUAAAGAAGUUAUUAGAGAGAAAUUCUUAGCUAAGGAAAUGGAAGAAGAUGCCCCACGAGUGAGAAAUGGAUUUGGUGUGAGGAGAUGCUCUACCCAGUACCUAAGUUGCAUAUUUGAACCUGAGGGAAAUGCAUGCAGCCUGACAGAUAGCACUGCUGAAGAACAUGUGCUGGCACUAGUGGAACAUGCAGCAGAUGAAGCUCGUGACAGGAUCAAUCGAUACUUACCCAACAGCAAGAUUGGUUAUCUGAAAAAAAAUGGAGAUGGAACUUUAUUAUUUAGUGUAGUAAAUUCAUCUGAUCCAGAAGCAGAAGAGGAAGAGAUUCAUCCAGUGGAUCUAAGUUCGCUGCAAAGCAAAUUAUUACCUGGGUUCACUACACUAGGCUUUAAAGAUGAGCGAAGAAAUAAAGUAACCUUUCUUACAAGUGCUAGUACAGCACCUUCCAUGCACAACAACUCUAUAUUUCAUGAUUUGAAAUCAGAUGAAAUGGAACUCCUGUACUCAGCUUAUGGUGAUGAAACUGGGAUACAGUGUGCCUUAAGCUUACAAGAAUUUGUGAAGGACGCUGGAAAUUACAGCAAGAAAAUAGUAGAUGAUCUUCUGGACCAGAUCACUAGUGGAGAUCAUUCCAAAACUAUUUAUCAGCUAAAGCAGAGGCGAAACAUCCCAGUGAAAACACUGGAUGAAGUUAAAGUUCUGCCAGUUCUCAUAAAAGAAGAACACAAGUUGCGUAAUACCUGUCCGGAUUCUUCCAAACAGACUAUGGUUGGAGAAUCUGCUGGAGAUAGUAACACUUCUGACUUGGACUUUCUCUCUAUGAAACCAUAUUCAGAUGUAUCUCUUGAUAUUUCUAUGUUAAGUUCAUUAGGGAAAGUGAAGAAGGAGCUUGAUCAUGACGAUAACCAUUUACAUCUGGAUGAAACAACUAAGCUGCUGCAGGACCUUCAUGAGGCUCAGGCUGACAGAGUGGGAUCCCGGCCAUCAUCCAAUUUGAGUUCCCUCUCCAAUACCUCUGAAAGAGAUCAACAUCAUCUUGGAAGCCCCUCUCAUUUGAGUGUUGGAGAACAGCAAGACAUGGUUCACGAUCCCUAUGAAUUUCUUCAGUCUCCAGAAACCUCAAAUGCCACUGCUAACUAGUUUGACAUGUACUAUAUAUUUUGUAUUUUAAUUGUAUUAUGUUUUUAUAAAGUUUUUGUCCAGGGCAGAAACCUCAAUUUUGUCCUCUUUUCUAUGAGGAUUCCUGUAUGAUAUUAUCAUAUUUGCUGGAUUAAACAAAAUCCACCUAUUUGAUACAUCAUCUUGUUAGCAAUGUACCAAAACCUGCUGUAGAUUUGUUUGUUGAGGGAGGUCAUUGUCUAGUCGUGUGUGAAUCUUGACUGCAAAACAACAAAUAAUGUGUAAGAAUAAAUUGCAUUUUAUAGAAACUAAAGAGAAUAAUUUUCCUAGUAUCAUGGCAGCAGUCAUUAAAUGUUUCUAGUAGAAUUAUCUACCAGUUCUGCUCGGAUCUUAACAUGAACACCUUAAAACAGGAAUAUUUUAUUUAAACAAUGGCAGAACUGCAUGAAUUGUGAUAAAUAUUAGGUUUCCCAUUUCCUAACCCUAAUAAUCUGUAGAAGUUGUUUCUCUUUCCUUGUAUUUUUAAAUCUUUUGUUAAUCACUCUAGAGAAUACUUAACUUGAGAGUAACAAUAAUUGGUAGUUGCAUUAAAAUGCUCCCUAUGGGAAUUCUACCUUGAAUCUGAAAAAUAUGGAUGUUAUGUGAUCCCGUAUGUCUUCAAACACAAAGAAAACAUAAUACUUAUAUUUUAUAAUUUGUUAUGUAUAGUUACCUGGAUGGAAAUAACAAUGGAUAAGGUGUGCUUUCCAGUAAUUUAAAAAUAAAACUUUUAUAAUUCAGUACUGAUGCAACUGGGGGAUUUUGUACCAUUGAUAUGUGUAAGCUGGAAAAAUGUUAUGAAUUUGCAAUAUUUUGUAAAUAUUAAUAAAUAUACAAAACCUC